AUUGGUCCAAUGUCCAAUCCUUACUUCUUGCAAUCUUCAAUCACCAAUCCGGAUAGUCUGGAUCGUUCUCGUCAGUCGUCGCCCUCGUGUCAAUCGUGUGUCGUGUCUUAAAUAUUCGUGCGUCAUGACUGAAAAUUGUGUGUCAGACAUUUUAACACUUGUGUUCGAUAUAUAUGUGAGAGAUUAAGCAUAAGUUUAAGGGACAAAUAACAGAUUUACAGAUUAGACGAUAUAAAAUGGAACGCUAGCUAGAUUCACUCUUUUCUCUCAGAGAACAUCGGAGAAGCACGCGAGAAGAGAAGACUAGAAGAGGCUCUGUCUCUGCCAUGCGAUGAUAUAAGCUCUCGAGUCUCGAGUACAUCGAUGCUCCGAAAAUUAUGUGUCGAACGUAAAUAAAGCGAACGCUCUCGUUACUCUCGAAUGAAUGACAACGUCAUGCGUUUCCACGCUUGACAACAUUUUAUCGAGUUUUAUCGAGAAAGAGAGAGAGAGAGAGAGGGAGGACUACGAGGAUGACGAAUGCGGCAAGGAGGUCGCGAGUCGCGAGAUCUUUAUUUUAAUGUACGUUCGCUUUCACGCGAGUAGUCCAGUCAGUCCAGUGUUUUGACGCGCAUAGAAAUGGCGGAUGCUAUAUUUAUCACGCAUUUCAUACUCUUGUUGACAUUCAGAUUAUGUUCAGGUGGACGAGAUAUUGCCUUGCAAGACCAAGAUAUUUCUUUUGAAAAUGAGAAUGCGGAUCCACCUGAACCUUCCGAUCAUAGUCUCAGUUUCAAUACACGUGGCCAAAAACGUUUUAAAUGCCAUAUAUGUGAAGAUUCCGCGUGUUCGCCAUCUAAUGUCUGCACCGAUGCAAUUAUUUGUUGGAAAUCCAGGGUGAGAGAAGCCGAUGGUACAGAGUACGUUAGCCGUGGCUGCUAUAAAUCAGAGGAGCAUAAAUUAUUGAUGUGUAAUAAAGAAAAUGCCCAAAAUCUAGAUCAACUUAAAAGAAGAAAUAUUAGAGGGCUGUCGGGUGGUGCUCAAUUCUCUGUGGAAUGUUGUCAAGCAGACUUUUGUAACGUUGGACCAUAUCCCAAGUUGGAAGAUUAUUCAACCAAUGCUGACAAGGAAUAUUACGCAAUAAAAUUAACAUUUGCGAUUCUUGGACCACUGGUCGGCGUGCUCGUUGUUGGAGGAAUCGUACUCGGUCUAUUGGCGCAUCGAAUACGAAGGAAACGACCGCGGGCCCCACGUCGAAAUAAACUUAUUUUAGAUUCCGAACGUGAGCCUUCCAUGUUGCAUUUCUCGUUUUCCUCGCCUGCAUCAUCUGCCACUAUGCAUCCACACGAGCUUAGAGCAACGGCUGCUGGUGACAGUACGCUUAAAGAGUACUUAGAUGGCCGAAGUUUGACCAGUGGUUCUGGUUCUGGAUUACCCUUGUUAGUACAAAGAACUUUAGCUAAGCAAGUAGCUUUAGUAGAGUGUCUCGGUAAUGGUAGCAGUGGAGGAUUUGGUGGAGAAGUGUGGAGAGGAGUUUGGCACGGCGAAAAUGUAGCUGUAAAAAUUUAUUUCUCGCGAGACGAAGCCGCAUGGGCUCGAGAGACCGAGGUUUACUCUCAACUGUUACCGUCCAGACACGACAAUAUUCUAGGAUAUAUCGGUAGCGAUAUGACCAGCAGAGCCAGUUGUACCCAACUCUGGUUGGUGAUGCAGUAUCAUCCUCUCGGCUCGCUCUUCGAUCAUCUCACGCGGUCGCCACAUCCAUUGACACCUCAUCAAACGCUCAAUAUUUGUCUGAGUAUCGCUAACGGUUUACUUUAUCUGCAUACGGAGAUUCAUGGUACUAAAGGAAAGCCAGCUAUGGCCCAUCGUAAUCUCAAAUCGAAGAAUAUCUUGGUCAAAACCAAUGGUGGUUGCGUAAUUGCCGAUUUCGCGUUAGCAGCUACGCAAGAUCGUCUUAUAGCGGACAGAGUCGACUUACGGCAAGGAACGAAACGCUAUAUGAGUCCUGAAAUUCUUGAACAAACAGUAAACGUCGAAUGUUUAGAGAGCUUUAGACAAGCUGAUAUCUACAGUCUAGGAUUGAUACUAUGGGAAGUCUGUCGCAGAUGUAUAAGUAAUGGCGUAGCCUUAGAAUACGCCUUGCCGUACAGCGAAUGGUUGCCGAGCAGUACGCAAGAACCCUCCAUAGAAGAAAUGCGUAACGUGGUCUCGUUUGACCAGCGAAGGCCACCGCUUCCCAAUAGGUGGCAUUCUGACCCGACGUUGGCUGGAAUGGGAAAGCUAAUGCGCGAGUGUUGGCAUGGGAAACCAGCGGCCAGGCUGCCCAUUCUUAGGGUGAAGAAGACACUCGUUAAAUUAGCAGCUAGCGAUUCACGUGUUCAUUUACCCCUUGACUGACCAGCGUUCAUCUUACCGUGCUUUCUUUCAUUCAUCUAUUUAUUACUGCAGUUGCUGCGCCAACCUGUCAUGUAUAUUAUAAGUUUACGUAUCAUCAUCAGCAUCAUCAUCAACAUUCAUGUGUUAUCAGAUCGUUAUAUCAUGAAGGUAAAAAAAUAUCGUAUAUUGACAUAUCGAAGUAACGAUGGUAAUAAGUUUGUUAAUGUUUGGCAUAUGGAUUUUAUUGCCUUAUGUUCCAUUACUGUUAUCUCAUUCUGGAACAAUAAUAGUAUUAAGUGUAUACGUUCGUAGCGUUGAUCAAAUCAAAUCAACAAGUACUGUUACGUCAAUAGACGGGAACGUAUUCCACGUAUUCAAACGUACUUGUUAAAAAUAAAGCUAUUAUAGGGAGACGGAAAUUAAAUUUUUUAAUACGUUAAUAGAUUGCGAAAAAGCGAAUAAUAUAGUGAUGCACGUCCUCUAAUCGAGAUUACGUUUAGUGAUCAAUAUUUCAUUUAAUAAGACAUUUUAUUAGAAUAUUAAGAAGUUAUUACUUAUCAUUUUGAACAUUUUUCUAAGUGCGUGUGGCUCAGUUUGGUUUAGCUAGUGCCGUCAUAUGUACAUACAAAAGUACUAACAAUCAUACUGGUAAUAUCAGAAAUAUACAAUUCAAUAUAGAAGAAAAUGCCAUUUACGGUCCGAGCCGGAUCUUGGUAGCUUAUUAAGCUUUCCAAUAGUCUUUCCACGUUAAAUAGAAUGCUUCGUAGCAUUAAAGUUAAAUCGAUUACCGAUUUAGCUAGGGAGGGGGGAGGAGACGUUCACUAUUCCAACGGAAGAUGUAUUUUAAAGCCGACAAACAAUCGGCGCACAAUUUACUAGCUUGGAAAUAUGUGUAUCUGGAAAUACACAUGUAUAUUAUUAAACUACCAAGGUCCGGCUCGGACCGUAAAUGGCAUUUUCUUUUAUAUCGAUUUAUAUGUUAUUUUCAGUAAUGUCCUUUUGAAAAUCGUGGAACGUAAAAUAUUUGUCUAAAGAUUCUGAAGUAUCGAUGCUAGUGUAUUGACUGUUUAAACAAAUAAUCAAAAGAUAAACGUGUAAAUAAUGUAUCUCUUAAAAGAGCUAUUAUAUAAAUAUCACACGUCUUUCUUGUAGAAUCCUGGUUACAUCCGACGAGUUACAGAUAGAAAUACGUGAUAAGGAUGAAUGAAAAGUGUGUAAGAUUAUCAUAAAAAUAUUUGACUGUAUAAUACUUAGAGUAGACUAUGUUCAUGACGUGCUUUUCUAUUCAAACUGUUUAUGUAUAAAUAUAAUUAUGUAUAAAAUAAUUCAUGUACUAUUAAAGAAUGUACAAAAAACGUACGAGGAACGUGCAGUUUGGCAUGUAGUAUAAUCAGAUGUAAUACAAUCAUUGUACAAAGAUUUGUAUCUAACAAAUACUGUAUAUUGACUUAACAUGACGAUGCCAACAUAA